AUGCCGUCCGAAGUCUCCGAUAUCAAGCAGUUCAUCGAGAUCUGCAGGCGCAAGGAUGCUAAGUGUACGUCCUUCAAUCUCCGCGUAAUCGUACAUGCCCCUCCGGCGCUCCCGCAUGAAGACGAUGAGGUGAAGGAAGCGCAAUUGAAGGGGAGAGGCACCGCCCGCAUAAAGAAGAACAAGAAGGCGAACAACAUCAAGUUCAAGGUCCGAUGCCACCGCUUCAUCUACACGCUCGUCCUCAAGGACACGGAUAAGGCCGAGAAGCUGAAGCAGAGUCUGCCGCCAGGGCUCACCAUCACCGACGUCGGCAAGAAGAACCCCAAGGGCAAGCGAUCGACUUAAGCGGUGGGUGAAGGAUGGAUGGGAUUGUGGUGGAACAAGGCAUUGGGAGAGGAGGAAGCGCAACACUGCAUGAAGGAUGACGGGACAGGCGGACGGGCGUCUCUUCGGAAAUCUGUUCUCAAAGGCAUAAGGAACCCUCAGUCUCGGGAUCCGACAGGAAUGAAAAACGUCAAAACUUCACGUUAUUGGUUAGAUCAAUAUGUGGAUUGUGGCAGCGAAGCAAGCGUGCGUGAGCAGACAAUGCUACUAGAGCUAACCAGCUAUAGCGAUGACCACUACUGCACCGUCCUUGCGGGCUGCAGGCUAUGCCGGACCUUGAAGUUAUACUGGUCUUUUCGAUCCAAAUAGACG